UGUAGAGUGCUGCUCAGAGCAGGAAGCACAGGGACAAAUGAAGAGGGUUGUGGAGGAGCCUCGUCGUCUUUCCCAGUGAAUUAUGGAUUAAGGACUAAUGCUUGGUCAGCUUUUGAAGAUCAUAGAAUCUUCAACAGAAGGAAUAUUCUGAUUCUUUGUUGUUGCAGAUUUCAUAUGGAUAUGAUUGCCAGAGUUUCCCCUACAUCAGCACUUUCGUAUAUAAGAGGCUGAUUGGUAAUUAGUGCAGGAUGAGAAGAUGGAGCAGCCACUUAUACCCCCACCAGGACCUGACAGUCUACGUCUCUUCACAAGAGAAUCUCUUGCUGCUAUCGAAAAACGUAUCGCAGAAGAAAAAGCAAAGAAGCCACCAAAGGAUCGCCGAGAUGAUGAUGAUGAAAACGGGCCCAAGCCAAAUUCGGACUUGGAAGCAGGCAAAAGUUUGCCAUUUAUAUAUGGAGACCUACCAUCCGAAAUGGUGUCAGAACCCAUGGAAGACCUCGACCCAUAUUACAGCAACAAAAAGACCUUUAUAGUAUUGAAUAGAGGGAAGGCAAUCUUCCGCUUCAGUGCCACAUCUGCCUUGUACAUUUUAACUCCUUUCAACCCUCUUAGAAAAAUAUCUAUAAAGAUUUUGGUACAUUCAUUAUUCAGCAUGCUCAUUAUGUGCACUAUUUUGACCAACUGUGUGUUCAUGACAAUGAGCAGCCCUCCCGAAUGGACAAAGAAUGUAGAAUACACCUUCACGGGAAUUUAUACCUUUGAAUCUCUUAUAAAAAUCCUGGCCAGAGGUUUUUGCUUAGAAGAUUUCACUUUUCUACGAGACCCAUGGAACUGGCUGGAUUUCAGUGUCAUUGUCAUGGCGUAUGUAACAGAAUUUGUAAACCUAGGCAAUGUUUCAGCUCUUCGAACUUUCAGAGUAUUGAGAGCUUUGAAAACUAUUUCUGUAAUUCCAGGGCUGAAGACCAUUGUUGGGGCGCUUAUUCAGUCGGUUAAGAAGCUUUCAGACGUCAUGAUUCUCACAGUGUUCUGUCUGAGUGUAUUUGCACUAAUAGGGCUACAACUUUUCAUGGGACACUUAAGAAACAAAUGCGUGAGGUGGCCCCCAGACUACGAAGCAAAUAUUACUUCCUAUUUUAAUGAUAGUGCUGGUAUCUUUAUAAAUGUAACAUUAAAUCCGUUUGACAAAGCAGAGUACAUCCUGCAGGAUAAGAAUUUUUAUUUUUUGGAUGGGCAGAGGGAUGCCCUUCUGUGUGGUAACAGCUCAGAUGCAGGUCAAUGCCCAAAAGGAUAUGUGUGUAUGAAAACUGGACGAAAUCCAAAUUAUGGUUACACAAGCUUUGACUCAUUUGGCUGGGCUUUCCUGUCUCUUUUUCGACUAAUGACUCAAGAUUAUUGGGAAAAUCUUUACCAACUGACCCUAAGAGCUGCCGGUAAAACCUACAUGAUCUUUUUCGUGUUGGUGAUUUUCUUGGGCUCCUUCUACUUGGUCAACUUGAUUCUGGCUGUGGUUGCCAUGGCUUAUGAAGAACAAAACCAGGCAACGCUGGAGGAAGCUGAACAGAAGGAAGCAGAAUUCCAGCAGAUGCUGGAACAACUGAGAAAACAUCAGGAAGAUAUCCAGGCAGCGGCAGCAGCAGCAGAAGCCAUGGCAGGAUCCAAAGAGUUUAGUGGUGGGACAGGUUAUGGUGGUCUCUCGGAGAGCUCUUCGGAAGCCUCAAUGCUAAGCUCAAAAAGUGCCAAGGAAAGGAGAAAUAGAAGAAAAAAAAGAAAACAAAAGGAGCAGGGAGAUGGAGAUGAUGAAAAAUUCCACAAGUCAACAUCAGAGACUAGCAUUAAAAGGAAAGGUUUCCGUUUCUCCAUUGAAGGAAACAGGUUGACAUACGAAAAGAAAUACUCUUCCCCAUGUGAGUCAUUACUUAAUAUUCGAGACUCCAUGUUUUCCCCAAGGCGCAAUAGCAGAACCAGCCUCUUUAGCUUCAGAGGCCGUGGGAAGGAUGUUGGUUCGGAAAAUGACUUUGCAGAUGAUGAACACAGCACCUUUGAGGACAACGAGAGCAGAAGGGGUUCCUUGUUUGUACCGCACAGACAUGGGGAACGGAGGAACAGUAACAUUAGUCAAGCCAGCAAGACAUCAAAAACCAUGCCAGUGCAUCCAGUGAAUGUCAAGUUGCACAGCACGGUGGAUUGCAAUGGAGUGGUCUCCCUGCUUGGUGGUCCAUCUGGUCCAACCUCGCCUGCUGGACUACUUCUGCCAGAGGUGAUAAUAGAUAAACCAGCUUCUGAUGACAAUGGCGUCAACACGGAAAAUGAAUUGAGAAGGAGGCUGAGUUCCUAUCAUGUUUCCAUGGACUUUCUGGAAGAUCCUAUUCUGAGACAAAGAGCCUUGAGUAUUGCUAGCAAUCUCACUAAUACAAUGGAAGAACUUGAGGAGUCCAGAGGAAAAUGCCCACCAUGCUGGAAUAAAUUUGCCAACACGUACCUUAUCUGGGAGUGCUGUGACUGCUGGUUAAAAUUAAAACGCGUGCUCUACAUGAUUGUGAUGGAUCCAUUUGUUGAUCUAGCUAUUACUAUCUGCAUUGUUUUAAACACAUUGUUUAUGGCCAUGGAGCAUUACCCAAUAACCGAAGAAUUUAAUAAUUUCUUAAAUGUGGGAAAUUUGGUUUUCACUGGCAUUUUCACGGCAGAGAUGGUUUUAAAGCUUAUUGCUCUAGAUCCAUAUUACUAUUUCCAAGUUGGUUGGAACAUAUUUGAUGGCAUCAUAGUAAGUCUCAGCUUGAUGGAACUUGGUCUGUCUGAUGUGGAGGGAUUAUCAGUGCUUCGAUCCUUCCGAUUGCUCCGUGUAUUCAAGUUGGCCAAAUCCUGGCCUACUUUGAACAUGCUGAUCAAGAUCAUCGGUAACUCCGUGGGAGCUUUGGGAAACUUGACCUUAGUGUUGGCAAUCAUUGUUUUUAUUUUUGCCGUGGUCGGGAUGCAGCUGUUCGGUAAAAGCUACAAGGACUGUGUUUGUAAAAUUGCACCAGAAGAUUGUAAACUUCCUCGCUGGCAUAUGAAUGACUUCUUCCACUCCUUCCUCAUUGUGUUCCGGGUGCUAUGCGGAGAAUGGAUCGAGACCAUGUGGGACUGCAUGGAGGUUGCAGGACAAGCUAUGUGUCUUACAGUGUUUAUGAUGGUGAUGGUUAUUGGAAAUCUAGUGGUUUUAAAUCUGUUUUUGGCUUUGCUGCUCAGCUCAUUUAGUUCUGACAAUCUCACCGCUACAGACGAAGAUAAUGAAAUGAACAAUCUUCAGAUUGCUGUAGGCCGAAUGCACAAUGGAAUAGCCUACGUGAAAAGAACUGUCCGGGAGUUUUUCCAGAAGGCGUUUGUUAAAAAGCAGAAGGCACUAGAUGAGACCAAACCUCUGGAAGACAUGCAGAACCAAAAGGACAGCUGUAUUUCCAACCACACUACAGUGGAAAUAAGCAAAGACCUUGACUAUCUGAAAGAUGGAAACGGAACAACUGCAACAAGUGGGAUAGGCAGUAGUGUUGAGAAGUACAUUAUUGAUGAGAGUGACUAUAUGUCCUUUAUACACAACCCAAGCCUUACAGUGACUGUACCAAUUGCUGUUGGAGAAUCAGAUUUUGAGAAUUUGAAUACAGAGGAAUUUAGCAGCGAGUCUGAUUUGGAAGAAAGCAAAGAGAAAUUGAAUUCUAGCUCGUCUGAAGGUAGUACGAUUGAUAUCAGGCCACCUGGUGAAGGUGAAGUCCCUGCCGUCGUGGAGCCUGAGGUAGAGGCUGAACCAGAGGCUUGCUUUACAGAAGGUUGUAUUAGGAAAUUCCCAUGUUGUGAUGUUAGUACUCUAGAAGGGAAAGGGAAGUCUUGGUGGAACUUAAGAAAAACCUGCUUCAAGAUAGUAGAGCACAACUGGUUUGAGACUUUUAUUAUCUUCAUGAUCCUUCUCAGCAGUGGUGCUCUGGCCUUUGAAGACAUAUACAUUGAACAAAGGAAAGCAAUAAAGACAAUGCUGGAAUAUGCCGACAAGGUCUUCACUUACAUUUUUAUCCUGGAAAUGCUGCUGAAAUGGGUUGCCUACGGAUUUGCUAAGUAUUUUACCAACGCAUGGUGCUGGUUGGAUUUCCUGAUUGUUGAUGUCUCUUUGGUUAGCUUAGUAGCUAAUGCCUUGGGCUACUCAGAAUUAGGGGCUAUAAAGUCCCUUAGGACACUAAGGGCAUUGAGACCUCUGAGGGCCCUCUCACGGUUUGAAGGGAUGAGGGUGGUUGUGAAUGCCCUAAUAGGAGCUAUUCCAUCCAUCAUGAACGUGCUCCUGGUUUGUCUUAUAUUUUGGCUAAUUUUUAGCAUAAUGGGAGUAAACCUGUUUGCUGGCAAAUAUGGUUACUGUGUCAACGUCACAGACGAUGAACUAUUUUCAACCUCUAAAGUCAACAACAAGAGCAUGUGUAUGGAUCUAAUAAGUAAUAAUGAGACGGUCCGAUGGAAGAAUGUUAAAGUGAACUUCGAUAACGUUGGAUUUGGAUACCUUGCUUUGCUUCAAGUGGCAACAUUUAAAGGAUGGAUGGACAUCAUGUAUGCUGCAGUGGACUCAAGAAAGCAAGAAGAACAGCCUAAAUACGAAGACAAUAUGUAUAUGUAUCUUUACUUUGUUAUUUUUAUCAUAUUUGGAUCAUUUUUCACCUUAAACCUUUUUAUUGGUGUCAUCAUUGACAACUUCAAUCAACAAAAGAAAAAGAUAAUUUUGAUUUUUUUCCCCCUAUAAUUCGGAGGUCAAGACAUCUUCAUGACAGAAGAGCAAAAGAAAUACUACAAUGCUAUGAAGAAGCUGGGAUCUAAGAAACCGCAAAAGCCUGUUCCACGGCCCGAGAACAAAUUCCAGGGUGCGGUCUUUGAUUUUGUUUCCCAACAACCAUUUGACAUCACCAUCAUGGUUCUCAUCUGUUUGAACAUGGUAACGAUGAUGAUUGAAACAGAUGACCAGACUGAUGAAAUGGAAAACUACUUGUACUGGAUCAAUGCAGUUUUCAUUGUACUGUUUACUGGGGAGUGCAUCCUCAAGCUGGUUUCCCUGCGUCAUUAUUACUUCACUAUGGGUUGGAACAUAUUUGAUUUUGUUGUCGUCAUCCUCUCUAUCGUAGGAAUGUUUCUAGCUGACCUUAUUGAAAAAUACUUUGUGUCACCUACCUUGUUCAGAGUUAUAAGACUGGCCAGAAUUGGUCGUAUCCUCCGUCUUAUUAAGGGAGCCAAAGGAAUCCGUACUUUGUUGUUUGCAUUGAUGAUGUCACUUCCUGCAUUGUUCAACAUUGGUUUAUUACUUUUUCUUGUGAUGUUCAUUUACGCCAUUUUCGGAAUGUCCAACUUUGCCUACGUUAAGAAAGAAGCUGGAAUCGAUGAUAUGUUCAACUUUGAAACUUUUGGCAACAGUAUGAUCUGCUUGUUCCAAAUUACAACGUCUGCUGGGUGGGACGGGUUGUUGUCACCAAUUCUUAAUAGCGGGGCGCCAGACUGUGACCCAGAAGCUGAACACCCGGGAAGCUCUGUUAGAGGAGAUUGUGGAAAUCCAUCAGUCGGGAUCUUCUUUUUUGUCAGUUAUAUCAUCAUAUCUUUCUUGGUCGUGGUAAACAUGUAUAUUGCUGUUAUUCUGGAAAACUUUAGUGUUGCUACAGAAGAAAGCGCAGAACCGCUUGGGGAGGAUGACUUUGAAAGGUUCUAUGAGGUUUGGGAAAAGUUUGAUCCAAAUGCAUCUCAGUUUAUACAAUAUAGUAAGCUGACUGAUUUUGCAGAUGCCCUCGAUCCACCUCUCCGUAUACCAAAACCAAACAAGGUGCAGCUAAUUGCUAUGGAUCUUCCAAUGGUAAGCGGUGACAGAAUUCACUGCCUUGACAUCUUGUUUGCCUUUACCAAACGUGUGUUGGGUGAAGGAGAUGAAAUGGAUAACUUACGACAACCAAUGGAAGAACGUUUCAUGGCAUCUAAUCCUUCCAAAGUAUCUUAUGAGCCAAUCACAUCCACGUUACGUAGGAAACAAGAGGAAUUGUCGGCCCUUAUUAUUCAACGCAGCUUCCGGAGAUAUCUUUUAAGGAAAACAAUAAAACAUGCUUCCUUUAUGUACAAUCAGCAGAAAGGCAACGUCAUGAAGAAAGACAUGCUGAAUGAUAGAAUAAAUGGGAACUCAACAACAGAGAAAGCAGAUUUCACACCUUCAACGACGUCUCCUCCAUCUUACGACAGUGUUACAAAACCAGACAAGGAAAAGCAUGAAAAAGACAAAGUAGAGAAGGAAGUCCGGGGCAAAGACGUCAGAGAGCAUAAAAAAUAAAUUCUGUGGCAAUCUGUUUACAGCCUGUGAACAUUUUUAUUAUGUCACCAGGACUCAUUUCAGAGAUUUAUGCCAAACUGACAGUUCUUAUAACUAUGUAUGUAUGGUCAGUGCCUACAAAAAAAGACAGUGACCCCCUGUCAGGAAGUGACUUCAUGGAUCUUUGCAUCUUUGACUGGAGGCUACUGUUUUAACUACUUCGGCUGGCAAUGCAUUGUAUACCAAUGUGUUGUUGGCAACUGCAGAAUUAAAGGGUAUCUCCCAGCUGACACUGCUAUAGAGGAUAUUCAAAUUGGCUACUCAAAUGGUAUGAGAUGGGGACCAUUUUCUGGGACGCAAACCUGUAUUUUUUAUUUACUUUUUGUGUGUGCGUGUUGAACACUUUAGUAAAAUACUUGUAUUCACUGUUUGCAUUUCAACUGCCAUAUUUGCCAUAUGUUUACAGAUUAUAUGUUUAUGGAUUCAUCAUUUUUUUGAAUUCAUAGGUUCUCUACUAUUAUAUGCGACUAUUUUUGUAAGUGGGUUUUAUGUUGGGUUGGGGCUGUUACACCUUUAAAGGUAUGAGGACCAGGUGUUCUACGGUAUCUUUCUCUAUAACAUAUAUGAAUAAACCUGAUUGCAUGAAAGCAUGCUAGACUCAUAGGUCAUGCAUGAUAAAUUAACAUAGAGCUACAGAAAAAAAGCUAGACAUUAUCAUGUGACACUAAAUGUUGAGGUGCUUAACUGUUCAUGCUGUGUCACAUAAACAAAAAAAGUUAAUAUGUGCCUGUAAGGUCCCAUAACGUACACAUCAAAGGCCACGUCUUGGCUCCUGGAAACCUCAUUUCAGUGCCUAGAACAUGAGUUGGUUGACCUGUAUCUAAUGAGCUGUCAUGGGCUGAAGACGAUGGCUUCAACAACACCCGAAGAGGCCCAGAUUGACCAACUCUGGCCAAGCGGCACAGCUUUCAUCAUCGUGUAAAAUAAAGGUGUCCACAUGAUCUGAUCAAAUAAAAAAAUUUGCAAAGCUUCUACCCUUCAUUGUUUUUGGUCAUCUUCAGCUGUCAGCAAGGUUGACAUUGUACAAGCCAAUGGAAAUGCCUAUGUUACGGUAUGUAAAUAGUUAUUUUAACCUGUGGUGGAUCUUUGAGCAAAAGAAUAAUGACUUGGGCACAAUAUUUAUUGCAUCAAAUAUGUACCACAAUAUGUGUAGUUUGCAAGCUUUUGGAAAAUUAUAGAAAUAUUCUGUACCAAUAUAAAUAGUUUGAAAGUUAUCACAGAUGCAUGUUUAUAUUGCCUGGACUAAAUAUAUGAUGUUUUGGUUUUUUUUUGGUUGGUGGUGCUUUUUUUUCCACUGUCCAGCAGCCUAAUAUGGAAAGCCAUAUACCAAUGGUAAAGUAGGAUGAAACUGUUCAACAAGACCUCACUAAUUUGGUAUUAACCCCUACACUGCAUCACAGGGAGUUGGGGAUCCCCACCCCUGGCAGGGAAGGAGUUAAAUAAUAGUUUGCAGCUAUAAAUAUUAAUAUAUGUAUUGUUCACAUUUUGUUUCUUCUUUGUCUUUACGUUUCCUUGUUUUAUGUUGCAAAUCGCUUUAAAGUAUACAGAGUUUUUAAAUGAUAUAAAUAUUGUAAAUAUUCAUUUAAUUUUUAUUUUUCAGCAUUUUUGUACAUAAAGAGAUGAGAUGAAUUUUAACUUCAGGGUUACUGUUGUGGUCACUUUUGUUACUACCCAUGCAAAGCACUAAUUAAUUUGAGACCUUUACAAAUAAAAGGUGAAAUAAGAGAAUUGUAAAUGUCCUAUUUUAUUAUUAGUUUCUUUCUAACAUGCUGAAUGUGGAUAGAAAUACAUAAAAGUGGGACCACAGCUCACGUGUAUUAAAUAAGAUGGAGUAUAGGAACAGCAGGGGGGAAAUAAAUACGAAGACAGAAUUCAUGAACACUGCCUGAAUCAGGGGGUCUUAACUUUUUCAUACCAGGGGCACCUAAAACCAAAUUGUUUCUGGAUGAACCCCAAUUGAAAAAGUUACAAAUAUUUGUUCAUUUUGCAUUAUCCUUUCUAUAGUCCGAAUGAAUCAUCCCAUCUUUGUUGGUUCAUGCUACACAGGAAUGUUUUAGCUCUUUUGUAGGAAUCACUAACCUAAGUUUCUUACAGAUGGACCUGACUUUGCUCACCACGUCAUCUCCGUUAUGUUCUGUUUUGGAUACAUGCACAAGUUCGAUGUAGAUUAAUUUGCUUUCCAAGACUAAUGCCUUGUAGUGUACUGUGAAUUGCAUGCAGGAAAAUGCUAUUACCUAAAAUACAGCUGACUACAUUACAAACAAGCCAAAAGAAUAAAGAUUACCUUUUGUAUUGUA